AUGUCAGAUCCCACAGAUAAUACCGCUCCAAAAUACGAAUUGAUCAAAACACACUUCCCUGCUGCCCGUAUCAAGAAGUUGAUGCAAAGUGAUGAAGACAUUGGGAAAGUGGCCCAAGCAACCCCAGUAGUGGUGGGUAAAGCCCUCGAAAUCUUCAUGUGCUCCCUCAUCGAGAAGUCAUGUGAAGAGGCAAGAAAAGCCGGGUCCAGAAGAAUCGGUGCCCAACAUGUCAAGUCUGCUGUGGAAACUAAUGAAAAAUUCGAUUUCCUAGUAGAGUUGAUGGAAAAGUAUACAGGUGUUGAUCCUCAUUGA